AUGUCGUCGAGAUCAAUUCAGCUGAAGGAGGAAGGAAACCGCCAUUUCCAACAAGGCGAUUAUGCUGGUGCGGAGGCGUUGUAUUCCAAGGCCAUUAUCGCCGACCCGAAGAACCCCAACCUCUAUACCAAUCGUGCAAUGGCGCGUAUCAAACUCGAAAUGUGGGACUCCGUCGUCGCCGAUUGCGAAUCUUGCCUGGGUCUCGCCCAAGACAACCUCAAGGCCAACUACUACCUCUCUCAGGCCCAGCUACAUCUCAAGGACUUCGACUCGGCCCUGACCAGCGCCCUGCGCGCCCACGAGCUGUGUGUGAAGACCGGAGACAAGUCUCUCGCCGCAAUUACAACCCAAGUUCUCAAUGCGAAGAAGGAGCGAUGGGACUGGAUGGAGAAGAACAGACUGAGAGAGGCUCACAGUCUGGAGAACGAGAUCAUCGAGAUGAUGGAGAAGGAGCGCAAGCAAGCUGUCGAAGACGCCAUGGACGACUCCGAGAAGAGCGAGAUCGAGGCCGAAUGGAACAACAAGAUCGAACUGCUGAGUCAAACGUUCGAGAAGAGCCGCGCCGAAUCGGAGCGCAGACGAGAGGUUCCUUCUUGGGCUAUCGACGAUAUCAGCUUUGGCAUCAUGGUCGAUCCCGUUAUCACUAAGACCGGAAAGUCGUAUGAGAGAGCGUCAAUUAUGGAACACUUGAGGAGACAUCCUAGCGACCCGUUGACGAGAGAGCCCCUCCUUCCGUCUGAGCUCAGACCCAAUCUCGGGCUCAGACAGGCUUGCGAAGAUUUCCUCAAAGAGAACGGAUGGGCGGUGGACUGGUAG